CAACCUCUAUCGCAUUACCACAAUUCAAAACCAUGAAUCCCGAUUCCUACUUCGGGAUCUUCAUCGAAAUCAAAAAUACGCCAUUAUUGUCCCAGGCUGGAGGGAGACCUGUGAACUAGAAUGGGUCUUUGACCUAGUUCGAAAUCUUAUUGCUCACCGUGGAGGCACAAUUUUGUGUAUGGAUUACACAAUUUACAGUGCAGAAUCAUACUUUCGCCUUGUGCGGCAUUUCGACGCCAUUGCCGAGGUCCUUACGAGGAAGCUAUGUGAUUUAGAAUUGAUAGGCCUACCUCCAGCAGUUGGAUUUCUUUUCGGGUUCAGCUAUGGGGGGCAGUUGGUAUCAGAAGCUGGAAGAAGAGUCGGCCCUGGAAGGAUUAAAGAGAUUGAUAUCUGCGAUAUGGCUGGCCCAGGCUUUGAAAGCAAAACCCCUCCCAAUCAUUCCUUAGCGGCUGAGAAUGUUCAGUGUAUCCACACGAGCAGGGAUAAAGGUAUCCGGUAUAGUACUUGUCAUCAGGAUUGGAAAAUGGGAAACUGUGGUUUGACCCAGGACGCUGCUGGAAAACCUCCUUUGGGUUCUCACGGACUUUGUCCCUAUUUCUACAACAUUGCCUUCAAGUAUGACUUUUUUGCCAUACCUCGACCUACAGUUUGUGCAUCAAAGUCCUCUGGGAUAGCAGGGGCUUAUCCGACUGGGUAUAAAAUGGGAUACCUGGAGAACAGAAAAGGAACUGUCCGUGGAGAAUUAUUUGCAACAACCACAAAGCAUUAUCCCUACACAAUUGUCCCUCGAACAGGUAGCCUCCUGUCCAAUCUUCUGGCUGAGUACCAAAGCUCUUUCAACGGUACUGAAAGCUUUCAUAUGGCAAGCUUACAAUUUGUAGACAAAAAUUGAGAAAUAGAGACAAAGGUGAAUUUUGAAUAAAACCAAUUAUUGUCUGAUGGA